UAGUCGCGGGCUACUUGAACGGCGAGAGCCGCAGCGGCAGCGAGCGGGUGUUUUUUUUUCCUCCCCCUUGCCUCCAGCUCACUUUGUGGGUCCCUCUGUCAGCAGGGCCAUCAUGCUGACGGGCAGUUCAGUGGACCUGGAGAACCAGGAAAAUGUGCCUCCGGGGGCCAAAGAGGUUCCCAAGGUGGCGGGGGCUGCUGGACACCGACUGGCGCUGGGGCUUCUGCAAGCUAAUCAGCGCCACUCCCAGCCACAGGUUUCCCGAAGUCAAAUACCUUGGAGUACAAAUGAUGAGAAUUAUGUUGGUGUCCCCAAUGGUAAAAUGGGAAACAAACAGCCAGCUUUUACUAUCCACUUGGAUGAGCCUGAUAACAGGAGACAAAAGAAACAUAUGUCCAGCAAAAAGACCUCACCGGAUGAAGAGGCUCUAGGCUUGAAGGCAGUUGUUGCUUCAAUGGGAACCAGAAAACCUCUUACUCCUAUAGAUAAUCCAAUGGAUCUUAGUUCUGGGUCACUGAGUAUUAUGGAUAUGUCAAUAGAAGCAGAAAAAAAAAUUAAUGUUAACCAUGUCCCAGACUAUAUUGAGGAUAUCCAUAAGUAUCUUCGAGAAAUGGAGGUGAAGUGCAAACCCAAAGUGGGUUAUAUGAAGAAACAGCCUGAUAUUACAAAUAAUAUGCGGGCUAUUCUUGUGGAUUGGCUAGUUGAAGUUGGCGAAGAAUACAAACUACAAAAUGAAACCUUGCAUUUGGCUGUAAAUUACAUAGAUAGGUUUCUCUCUUCAAUGUCAGUCCUACGAGGAAAACUUCAGCUUGUGGGAACUGCAGCCAUGCUGCUUGCAUCAAAAUUUGAAGAAAUCUACCCUCCAGAAGUAGCAGAAUUUGUUUAUAUCACAGAUGACACUUAUACAAAGAAACAAGUUCUCAGAAUGGAGCACUUAGUCCUGAAAGUUUUGUCAUUUGAUCUGGCAGCUCCUACAAUAAAUCAAUUCCUUUCUCAAUACUUCUUGCAUCAGCCAGCCUGCUCCCUAGUGGAAAACUUGGCAAUGUACUUGGGUGAACUAAGUUUAAUUGAUGCAGACACGUAUCUGAAAUACUUGCCAUCAGUAAUAGCUGCUGCAGCAUUUCAUAUAGCAAACUAUGCAAUUUCUGGAAAAACUUGGACAGAUUCUCUUGCUGCAAUGACAGGACAUACAGUUGAAAGUAUUAAGCCUUGUCUCCUAGACCUCUACAAGACCUACUGCAGAGCACCACAGCAUACGCAACAAUCUAUCAGAGAGAAAUAUAAGACCAUAAAAUAUCAUGCGGUGUCGCUCAUUGACCCACCAGAGACACUAGAUUUAUUAUAACAAUAUGUGAGAUUUCAAACCUUUAUAUUGUCCAUUGUAAAUGUACAGUUUUAAAUGUGUAUUUAGAUUUCAAUCAAUCUGGUAUAUUACCAUAGCUAAUUAUGAGGUUUUAUACUUUUAUAACGUUUUAAUGUAAACUUCUGUACAUGCAAUCUUGUUCAAUGUGCUUAGAUGGCGCCUUUAAAACUGUGCAGAAAAAGACUUAAAACCACGCAGGUAUAAAUGCUGAGUGGCACUGUUCAACCUUUUUAAAAUAGUAUGACCAGUGUGAGGAUUUUCACUCUAAAAAUUGCAAAUCAAGACAGUUCAAUAGAAUAUCUGCAUAUAAUAAAGUUACAACAGUGUAUUUCAAAUAGUCAACAAGUGCUCAGUAGCUGAACUUAAGAGAACUGCUCU